UUAUGUUUUAUUUAACUGUGUGCGAAACAUAUUUAAUAUUUAACUUUAGGAGGAAAUUUACAUGUGAUUUUGUACUAAAUAGUGCAAUAUAUGAUUGACUACAAAACAUGUUAUACAUUUUGUGUUUCUUUCAAGGGAAAGCGUUUGGCAGAAAUUUGUUUAAAUAACAUUUAGUAACAGUUCAACAGGAAUUACCUGAAUUUGAAAUUUUGAAUACUUUCUGGGACCAACAAUGGAGAAUUUCACGCAGAUGCAGAGAUUUGACAAGUGGCUGUUGUUCGUAAUUACUCUGCUGGUACUGACGAUUAUUUUUGGUCCGGUAUUCUCACUCGGUGCUGUUUUUAUAAGUAUGAUGGACACAUUUCAAACAAAUAGAGCUGAAUCUGCCGCUGUACAGUCAAUUGUCAUAGGAAUGACAUUUUCGUUUGGUGUUAUCAGCGGAGCGUUAAUUAGUAGGUUUGGUCCAACAAUGAUGAUAUUGGUGGCAAGUGUGGUUGUUCCUCUUGGAUUUUGUAUAUCAUAUUUUGCAAAACACAUCACUUACCUCUACGUUAGUGUAGGCAUUGUCACAGGUGUUGGGAACUCUUUGGUAUUCUCCAGCUGCAUUGUGGUUGUUGAGCGAGUGUUUGAGGGGCCAAAGAGGUUAUUAUGUUUGGCUGUGCUGAACACUUCAACUGUUGUAACUGCCAUUUUCUACCCAUAUUUUUUGAAAUGGUUGACAGAAAUGUACGGUCUGAAUGGAAUGUUUCUUAUCCUUGCUGGGCUUAGCUUAAAUAUCUUUGUUCUUUUCACAAUGUGUUGGACAAAUCGUGUUGCUGACAUAAACGCUCGAGCACAGGAGGCAACAAGUACAAAAACAGAACUCGAUGAUUGUACUGGAAGUUCAAGAACAUGGUGUAAUUCGUUUAUCGACAUAAUGCUUAAUUGCAUUGCACAUGCUAAUAAACUGUUUCACGUGCCUUAUGUACUUGUACUUAUUGCAAGUAGUUUAUCACUCGCAUUAUUAAAUGGAUAUGUAGGAGUAAUGCUUGACAUCGCUUUAUGGAAAGGAAUGACAGGUUCACAAGGAUACAUUACCUUUAUAGUGUAUUAUUCGUGCACCGCUGUGUCUUGUGUAGUGGUAGGACUUCUCAAACAAAAGAAGGGAGUGAACUCCUUAGUUUAUCCGAUUCUUUCUACCUUUUGCGGAUGUUGCGGUCAAUUGCUCAUAAUACUUUCAUCAAAAUAUUCCGUAUAUAUGCUCGGGACAGCUCUCACCGGCAUGACAUACGGAGGUGUUAUAGCUUCUGCAUUAUCCGUUAUUGUACAAAUGGUCAGCCAAGAACAAGUACCUGUGGCAACUGGACUUUUUUCAACAUUACAAGGACUAGUAUCGCUCGGAGUCGGACCAUUAUAUGGUAGUAUCCGAGAUAUUUCUGGUAGCUACAGGAGUGUCCUUGUGACAGUUUCAUGUGUACAAGCACUGUCUUCUGUUCUUUUUACCAUUGCCUUGAUAACUAACAGACGGCGAAAGAAAAGAUUACAGAGUGACAGGUCAAAUGAGAUAAUCGCUUCAACAAGACUGUAGACAAAAGAUAGAUAUCACAAUAACACAAUGAUAAAUGUACAGAAUGUAAUUGAGAAAAGUCGUAGAAAAAUGACAAACUGGAAACGAAGAAUACAGAAAUAGGACAUACAGAAAGGAGGCCCACUCCCAAUCAACUUUCUUCUGGGAACGGUUCGAGGCAGAACCAUCAUGCUACUUCAGAUUAGCGUACUGAUGCCAAGCAUAACUCCUUUAUCAAUAUCAUCAACUCAGAUUUAUGUCCUAAAUUACAAAACAGUGCAAAUAAAAUUACUUUAUGGCAGUAGAUUUGUGUCUAUGUUCAAGUUUCAUAUUAUGUUGAAUGAUCGGACACAUUAUGUGUUUAUAUUUCUGUUCGAUUAUCGCAUACAAAUAAUUAUUUCUAUGUAAUGUUUGUUCGAUGAUAAACACAAAAUAUAUUUGAUUCUCGCACAGACUCUGUUUUUUACUAUUUAUAUGUCCAAUAAUCGAAGACGAUCAUGGACACACUGAAAGGCGGAGAUGUUCUUAAAUAAAGAAAUAAUAUGUUGUUCUUUUUUAAAUAACUCUUCUUCUCCACUUUUGAAAUAAUUUUGUGUCUCCAGAAAGUAUCAGAUAUUUCCUUUUAUUUUCUCCAAUAUGAUAAAAAGCAUAACAUAUAUACAUCAAAUUUGGUAAACUUUAUACACUCCAUUAGUAAUAUACACAAACUAAACUACUAAUGUUUUAUGUAAUCAAUGUAGUACAAAAUUAGCGUAUAAUAAAAAUAAAAGCACAUUAUUGGUAAUGUUAACACAGCAUGUGUCAGACAUAAUCAAACAUUUAAAAUUACUUUCUGAUACAAAUUAAAUCUUAAUAUUAUGUGUACCUAUAUGUCAAAUUAACUCCUUUUUGUAGCCUGGCUUCAUGCUUUUAGUGUUUGGAACAAAUAUAUUUAAAAUACUAACCCGUAUAAGGUCUAUCAAUCACAGAAAUCAACAGAUCCGAAUGUUUAAGUCAAUCAACACGUUAUUAGACCAGAAAAUAUCCGUUAUACUCCUUACAAAAUAAGAUACUUGUCCUUUUGUAACUGGCACAGUGAUCGAAUAUAGAUUAUAAGAAUCUUUCUCUGGUUGCACGUGCGGAUGGAAAUAUCUGGCUCGAAGGUAACUAUUCAGUCGAUAACGGUGCUCUGUCUAGUUACUGUGAAACAGUUACCCGAGAGCCAGAAGUUUCCAUCCGCACCUUCGUCUAGUGGCAGAUUCUUUUUCUUGCAUACCUUAAUAAAAUGGAACAAAUGCCUUUUCUUUUCAGCACUAUUUUAUCUUAAUAGCGUAUGAGUUUGCGCAUUUAUUAAUAAAUUUCAGCACGUGGGUCAUCUUACAUCCCAUGGUGUAAGAUGAGUUUUUCCAGCACCCCAGAAACAAAACCUGUCUGGCACGCAAGAAAUAACAUUCUUCUUUUUAUAUGCAUGAUUAGUGACAUCUAUUACUAAAUAUAAAAAAAUGUACAAUUCCUAUGAAUGUGCAUCAUUCAGACAUUCCGCAUGAGAUCCCUUAUAACUAAUACAAGGCUCGAAUGUAGAAUAUAAACAUAAUAUGUCUGCGUGGUGGUAUAUGAGAUUAAGAAACUAGAUAAAUGAUACAUAUACAACUGUCGUUGAACUGACAUCCGAAGCACAUUUGCAUUUUGUACAACGAUUUUUUACAUAUUUGAAACAAAUAACAUACUGUUCUUUCAGUGCAAAUUACAUUAAGUUAUCAGUUCGUCUCUACAAAUAUAUCAAGGGCUAUAGUCUACAUAGAAUUAUUAACACUUCUAAAUAGCAGUAAAGCCGCUUUGCUGGACACGUACGAAACUCUGAAUUCUGUUUAUCUUGUGCGAAACGAAAUUUUACAAGGUAUCCCGAUUGAAAAAAUAUAUUCAAAAUAAUGUAUACUAUUAUUUUGUUAAAAAAAUAUCAAUUUCCACGAGAUAUGAUUUUUUUGAAAUUGAAAAACAAUACCAUUAUUUGAAAACUUUGGAUACGCGUUAACUGAAAAAUAUAUUCCAGUGUAGGUAUAAGGCAUGUUUUCUUCGUGUUACAUACAUCUACAGAACCCCGAGGAAAUGGUUGAUGCCCGAGCCCGAUAGGGAUUUCGAAGAUGUUAUAGCACGAAAUGAACAUGCACUAACGCUAUUUUAGCAUAAAACUAGUAAAAUUUAGUAAAAACUAAUAAAUGAAUACAUUGUCCCACAACAUCAUUGCAUUUCUACGAAAUACGCGGGAAUGUCUGAGAUGUUUUCUUCUCGUUGACAUAAUUUCCUUUGGAAUUAUCCAUUUUAGGGCCGUAAAAAGUUUACGCUUUCUCACGGAAUGCGCAUUUAUAAAAGGGUGUUUUACAACACUUGAGCGCGGGAAUCUCUUUGUUAACACGUUUUCUCUCCUGUUAAAACGUCCCCCAAAAAAGUGACAAGAACAACAGCUUUAUGCUAGAAUUUUUGUUAAAAUAAAAAUUGUAUCACUGAGUACUAAAUCUUUGCGAUAAUUUUACGCCCAUUGCUAAUUUUAUAGGAUACAUGCAUUAAAACAUAUUUUGAUAUACACAAUGAUAUACUGCAUCUUGACAUGGUAUUAAAAUCAGUCAAAACUGUUUUGGUUAUCUGACAAAAUCAAAUAUUAAAGUUCUGAAUGAAUGAGAACGAUAAAUUAUUGUGUUUUUAAUGUCUACGCUAUUUAAACACCAACGGUGUUGAAUUUAUUGUGAAUUUUAAUACAUAAUAUCGUAUAUUUAGUAACGUGUCUACUUUUAUGACUAUGUCUUAAACUUUCAGGCAGAUAUAAAAUGGCUUUAUUUGUUAAUUAUUAUGAAUUUUUAGCUUCUUUAACACCGCUGCUCAUAUUGAGUUUUUGGGACGUCCUAAAACUUUAACUGAUCGGGAAGUGGAAUUCAUCUACCUCCUCCGUUAAGCUCUUUAAGUAAAAAAUUCGAAAAUAAUGCAUCUGCCUCUCAGAGAUUUUCUGAAGAUUGAUUCACUCUAUCUAUUUAUUGGUUGAUUUGAAAGCCAGAACGUCUCAUGAAAUUAAAUUGUAUCUAUGGUGCCUGUAUCAAGCACACGUACGCAACUUGGAAAAAAAAAAGAAUGCACCGAUCGUACUGGCAUUCAUUCCAAAACAACUUUUUCUACUCUUACGCCAACUAUAAGCCAGGAGGAAAUAUGCGUGGAUGUGUAAACUAUAGAUUCAUGAAUCUUACACAUUACUGUGCUUACGUCACGUAUGUCAAACUGAGACACCCAUACACUAUAAGUCUUAAUAGUCCACUCCACAUUGCAAUAAAAUCCACUAUUGUUAAAGUGAUAAGUAAAACGGCGGUAGAAAAUCGCCUUGUGUUAGGUCUUGAUCACUUAAUGAUAAAAUAUUCCCAACUGUUCCAACACAUAGAAUAACAACAGGAACAGUUUUCUGUAAAGUUUGUGAAAUAUCAUGUAUAUUCUCCGCCAUUGUUUCUACAUUCUAGUACAACAACCACUUGUCUGCCAUCGUUUUAUUCAAUAUAUUUUGUUAAUAGUUUUUAUCUUUCUACUUAUUACGAAUAAAAGUAUAUAUGAAUUGUUUAAUAUAAUUAAAAGUUCUUUGUUUUCUCACCUAAUUACUUCAUGAAAUUCAAUUAGUUAAGGAAAUGAUUAUUAAUUUAAUGACAUAGUAAAAAUGAAAUGUUUCUUCUUUAUUGCUUUUAAUAUUUAUACUAAUGGAAAGAGACGGUCAUACUUCCAAACAAAUGAAAAAAUACUUUCUACAACAUUCUUGAAGACAUUAUUCUAAAAAGUAGCUAUUUUUUUAUUAUAAAACGGAUGCAUAAAUCAUAGAACAUUUAAGGCAAAAUUAACAAAACGUUCCCAAACAAACAUCCGCCAUUUAGUUAAUCUAACAUUAAUUUGACAGCCAGGGACGGACCGAUAUCUAAUGUUGGUAAAACUUGUGGUCCAAACCUUUUGUAUUUUCGCACCUUUGCUACGUUAUCGAAUGUAUCUUGAUGUACAGUAGUAUCAUAUAUGUCUUAA